GCAAAAGGUCCUUUAGAUUAAAUUAUAUUAAAUAUUUUAUUUUCUAAUUGAGUUCAGUCCCCUGCUUAUUAUUUGCAUUUUAAAAAAAUGUCGGCAUGAACAAAUUAUAAAAUUGUUUUUUUUUUAUAAAAAUUAAAGAUUAUAAGAACAAAUGGAAUAAGAUGUUUGAAAGGUGCACGUGACAGCUUCAAAAAUAGAAAGUAAUUUCAAAAGAAGGGUAAAAAAAAGGCAUACCAUAUUUCUGCUAUUUUUGUAAUUCCCCCUUUUUAUUAAUAAAAAUCCCAAUCACCCCGUGAUUCCUUUACCCCAUAAAUAGCCAUUGGAUGCAAGACAAAGCUGACUCCGUUUCCACACACCGCCAAAUCCAUUUGUUUCCGCGUCACUCUCUUAAAACGACCCAUCCCCUCCGUCGUUUCGAACCAUUCUCUUCACCUAAAAAAAAAAUGGCUUCCGCUCUCUGCUAUUCCCACGACGCCGAAGACAAACAACCGCCCACCGCCCUCGAACCUGAGAGAUCGACGCCGUUCAAACGAUUUGAUAUUGUCACGGAUUUCUCCGAUCACCAUUACGCUCACUCCAACUUGUUCCCCAACUGCAUUGGAUCGGAUGUCUCGAAGAAGAUCAUGCGAGAGUGGAAGAUUCUGGAGAGGAAUCUUCCGGAAUCGAUUUUCGUUCGCGCUUACGAGGAGAGAAUCGAUCUUCUACGAGCCGUGAUUGUCGGUCCGGCUGGAACUCCCUAUCACGACGGAUUGUUCUUCUUCGACCUGGCGUUCAGUUCCGAUUAUCCGAUCAGUCCUCCGAUUGUGUACUACCACUCCUACGGACUGCGAUUGAACCCUAACCUGUACGAAGACGGCUAUGUGUGCUUGAGUUUGAUCAAUACCUGGGACGGAAAAAAGGAAGAGCGCUGGAAUCCGGCGAUUUCAACAGUGCUUCAGAUUCUGAUAUCGAUUCAAGCGCUGGUGCUGAACGAGAGGCCGUACUUCAACGAACCGGAACUGGACGAGGCAGCGGAGGCGGAGAUUUACUCGGACGCGUACAACAAGGAAGCGUACCUAUUCUGCUGCAAGAUGACGAUGCGAUUGAUACAGAAUCCGCCGAAGAAUUUCGAGGAAUUUGUAAGAGAUUACUUCAGACAGCGAGGGAAGGGGAUUCUGACAGCUUGCAAGGCGUAUUCGGAGGGGCGCGUUAGGGUCGGGAGGUUCANAAGUGUGACAACAAAUUUAGGUGAGAAUAUUUGA